UCCGGGGCGGGGCUGCGGGGGCGGGCAGGCGCGGCGGCGGCGAAGGCCGCCCGCUGCCCGCCCGGUGCCCGCGGCGGCGGGGAGCCUCCUCCUCCGUCCCCACCGCCGCCCGUCCCCGGGGAGGGGCUGCCCACCCUCUUCCUGCUCUGAGGGGCGGCUGGAAGCCAAUAAGCGCGGCGCCGAUUGGCUGAGAGAGGGACGGCCCUGCGGAACAGCCAAUGGGUGUGCGGGACACUGAGCAGCGACUGAAGCCGGGCAGGGGGGCAGCGAAGCACGAUGUUCCUGGUCGGACUCUCAGGUGGAAUCGCGUCGGGGAAGAGCACGGUCGUGGCCGUACUGCGGGAGCUGGGCUGUGCCGUGAUUGAUGCCGAUGUUAUUGCCAGAGAGGUGGUGCAGCCCCACAUGAAGGCCCAUCAGCAGAUAGUGCGUUCCUUCGGCACCGACGUCCUCUUGGAGAGCGGCGAGAUAAAUCGCGAGGCUCUAGGAAACGUUAUCUUCUCCAACCCGGAGAAACGGCAGCUGCUGAACGCCAUCACGCACCCCGAGAUCCAGAAGGAGAUGCUGAAGCAGAUCUUGAAGCACUUUGUGCUAGGCUACCGCUACGUGAUCCUCGACAUCCCCCUGCUCUUUGAGUCCAACAGGCUGACUAAGUUUAUGAAGCACACGGUCUUGGUUUACUGCGACCCGCAGACUCAGCUGUCGCGGCUGAUGAAGAGGAACGGGCUGUGCCAGGCCGAGGCCGAAGCACGCAUCGCCUCCCAGCUGCCGCUGGACGAGAAGCGCAAACUGGCGAGCCACAUCAUCGACAACUCCGGGGACCGUGAGAGCACGCGCCGGCAGGUCCUGAGGCUGCACGCCCGGCUGGAGGAUUCCCUGGACUUCCUCUGGGCACGGCUGGUGGUGGGGGUGGCUGUGGCUGGGUUUGGAGGCCUGGUGUACCUCCUCCUCCAGCGCUUCGUCUCCUAAGUCACCUUUUUUAGGGGCUUUUUUUUUUUUUUGUCUUUGAAGGGCCUGGAAUUCUAGAUUUGAAAAGGGCAGCGAAAGGCCGCCUGUUUUAAUGAGCUUUGCCAGCUGAAUGCAGACGGGGAGGGGGGUGAGGCGUCUCCUUGCAGCCUUCCCAAGGUGAAUACGGGUCUUCCUCCAGCACCGUCUCCCAUCUCCUUUCUUUAAGUUCCUGCUCAGGUAGUUGCCCAGCUGUCCGUGGGGCGGGGUGGCUGCCCCAGGAGGGGACCAGGCCCUUGCUUUCCCCCUUGUGGAUCAGGUUGGUCCCCUCCCAGUGCGCAGCCCCAGCUAAUCAGAGUUCAGGUGUGGGAUUUCCCCCUUGUUUUGUGUUCAACGUGUCCACGUCCAUGGCAUCGGUGUUCGGCUGGCUGCUCACGGUCCCUCCCGCAGCAUAAAUAAUCCUGUGGUCAUUACUCAUGGGUCACCCCUGCCCAAGGGGGUGAUGCUGAGGGUCUGAUGCAUCCCCACAGGGGGCUGAGACCUGGGACCUGCCUCGGGCAGCACGAUGGCUGCUGGUGGAGUUCGCCUUCAGCGGCUCCUGGGGGGGAAAGCACGAGCGUGGGCAAAGCGGGUGCUGGUUCUUGGCGUUUGUUUUAAUAAAGCUCCGAACAGCAGA